AUGCAGAAGUUGGACUUCUCCGACAGCUUCACAGUCUACGUAGGUGCAUGCGUCGUUCACAAGGCCCUUUUCGCGCAGACGAGCGACUUCUUUGCCAAAGCAACAAGCAACAGCUGGAAUGAGGCCGACAGGAAGAAGGAGGUCAGCUUGCAAGAAGUCGCCCCAAGGAUGUUCGAGUACUAUGUCCAGUGGCAAUACACCUGGAACGUCGUGGCGAGUGAGCAUCUCGAACUGAUGCAGCUAUACCUCCUCGGGCAGUUCUUGAUCGACGGUGCCUUCAAGAGCGCAGUCGUGGACAGGACGAUAGAGAUCAUUACGAAGGCCUCCGUCCAACCAGAGAUGGCGCCAGUCAAGUUGAUCUAUUCCAAUACGCUGGAAGAAGAUUGUGGCAUGAAGCGCCUGCUCACGCGGUUCUGGUACUUCUACUCCAAAGCAGACGGCAUCAAGCAGUGCUUCGAUGAGCUCCCGGGAGACUUUUCCUCGAGGCUUCUCCAAGAGUUUGUGGCUGUUCGGGAUGGGACACAGGGCUCGCCGUCUCUGCAGAACCGAUGCUACUUCCACGACCAUGACAGGACGGCGCCGAAGCUUUCGACUUGCAAGGAUGACCCCCUCAGCAACUCCAAGACCAACUUCCCUCCCAAGCCCACGGUCUCUGUCCUCCCCCAAUCGGCCCGUGCCACGAGCUCGUUGUCGAACAGUGUCGCCAGCGAUGCCAACCUUGACGUAUGGCGCGCGCUCUCCACCUUCAGCGGCCGACCAACGACGACAGCCGUCCGGGUACCUAUGGUUGCAUCCGGCCCAGGUGGCAGCUUCAGCUUCGGAGGCCACCGACCAAGCCCUGCUCGCCCACAGACUGAUCCACAGACUGAUCCAAGUUCCCGCGAUGGACAGUAG